UCAUGCGCGCGUUAGUCGAUUGUCGCCCUCAUGUCCAGAUGUAGAUCACACAAAGCUCGCGCCUUUCAGUCAGCUGCUAGCUCUUGGUGCUAUGGUUAGGUAGAGGUUUGACGACAGCAUUACAGUGCCUUUCUCAAAAAUGGAAAGACACCUGCUGAAGUUUAUUCAUGAGGCAAAGUCACGGGAACAUGUGGACAACCUUACAUCCGAGUAUAGCAGGGUACGUCAGCUGUCCAUUAAGAGGAAGCAGGAAUUGGGCCUAACGGCAGAGGAAGGACGCCUUCAGGAGAACGUGAAGAAGAAUCGCUACAAGGACAUAUUGCCCUAUGACCAGACCCGUGUUUCUCUCAGUCUGUGUACAAGCGAGAAUGAUUCUGACUACAUCAAUGCCAGCUUUAUCCAGGGUGCCACUCCAAACAAGAGCUACAUUGCCACUCAGGGACCCCUUGGCCACACCGUGGUGGACUUCUGGAGAAUGAUCUGGGAGUACGACGUGAGGGUCAUUAUCAUGGCUUGUAAAGAAGUAGAGCUGGGAAAGAAAAAAUGUGAAAACUACUGGGCUCCUAUUUCUAUGUCAUCAGUGUAUGGCACCUUCACAGUAACAAAUUUGGAAGAAUCUGGAACGGAUGAGGAAGUAAUUAGAAGGACGUUUGUGGUGAAAUAUAACCAAGACUCCCGCUUCAUCUACCAUUUCCAGUACACCACGUGGCCUGACCAUGGCAUCCCUCAGGCCUCGGAUGGCAUCUUACAGAUGCUGCAGCUGGCCAUGCAAGCGCAGGGAAAACACACGGCCCCUGUGCUGGUCCACUGCAGUGCUGGUUGUGGGAGAACGGGGGUGCUGUGUGCCGUGGAUUAUGUUCAUGAUCUUUACCAAAGCAAGCAAAUCAAAGAGGAUUUCAACCUAAUGGACAUCAUUCUGGAUAUUCGAGAUCAAAGACCCUCAGCUGUACAGACAAAGGAGCAGUAUGCGUUUGUAUUUAAAACGGUGGUGCAGAUGCUUGAAAAGGCCAUGUCUCGGACUAAUUAUGAAAACCUCAAUGAGCAUCGCCUCUCUCUCUACAAUGACUCCAAGGAGCCGGUGAAGACUACGCUCAGAUCCUCGUUAUCCUGCGGCAGAGUGAGCGGCGAGAGCCUGAAACCUCGAGCCAAACCACCCAAGCCCUCGCCACGGAAGAUGAACGACACCUAUGCCGUCGUCAACAAGUCCAAGCAGGCUCUCACCGCGCCAACGCACCAUUAUGACAACACUGAGUCGGGAGGGCCCAAAGGGAAGGCGCCGAGCGCCUCCGCGGCUCAAGCUGGCAGCGAACUCUACAGCAUCGUGAAGCCCAAAGGGAGGCCUGGCGCUCGCUCCCCCACGCCCCUCACCGGGCCCAUCUACGACACGGCAGGAGUGGGCAAGCAGCGGGCAGGAGAGGCACCGGCGGCGGCGGCGGCCAAAGACCACGGCGAUUACGAGCUGGUGCCAGGGAAGUGUGGACCUCCCUCUAGAGAGACUCAGGUGAAGAUGCCCGGCACCAAAGCAAAGACGGAAAGCGUCGCAUCGCAAGAUGAUGAUUACGAGUAUGUGUCGUGUCCCCUCAAAGAGUCCAACAGGGCAGCAGACAGCUUCUGCACUUCUGGAAGCCUAGCCUUCAACUGCAGGAUUAAGAAGCCCAAAGGGCCCAGAGACCCUCCGGCGGAAUGGAGCCGAGCGGAGCGAUGAUGAGAGGGAGCCGGAGAGGCACAGGCUCGUCUUCUCCUCCUACUGACAUACACUCUGUUUGGGGUGCUGGGGGUUUAGGACAGUGAGUGGCGUAGGAUUGGCCAUGGGAUUUCAGUACACUUACAGUAGUUGCUUGGGUUUGUAAUUCAUUUUGUGGUGUGAGUCUCUAGACUAUGUAUAUUAAUUGUAGGGAAGUAUCAUUUGUAAAUAGUGAUUAUUUAAUGUAAUUAUUAUAUAAUAAACUGAAUUUGGUUGGGGA